AUGAAAUCCUUUACCUUACCUUUUCCUUUUCAGGUGGCCUGGAUACGCCAUCGGGACUUGCAUAUACUUACAGUAGGCACAUAUACAUACACUACAGAUCAACGCUUCCAAACAUCGUACCAUAGAGAUAUUGAUGAAUGGACUCUGCAAAUAAAAUGGGCACAGCAGCGUGAUGCCGGCAUUUACGAGUGCCAAAUAUCUACCCAACCAGUACGAAGUUUUUCGGUGAACCUAAACAUUGUGGUACCAACGUCAAGCAUAUUGGGUGGACCCGAUUUAUAUGUGGAUAGAGGUAGCACAAUUAAUCUGACCUGCGUAAUCAAGUACAGCCCUGAGCCACCGACACAUAUUUUUUGGUAUCAUCAAGAUAAGGUCCUUUCAGAGGAAACAUCAGCCAGUCGUUUGAAAAUAAGAACUAUUAAGUCUAUGGAAACCAAAUCAAUACUACUAAUCAAAAAUGCUGAUCUCCUAGACUCUGGUAAAUAUUCCUGCUACCCAUCGAACACGGAAAUAACAAGCAUACGCGUACAUGUGCUACAAGGUGAGCGAUUGGAAGCAAUGCAAACCAGCUCCGCGUCCACUGCGCGAUACGGCGUUGCCACCUAUCUAAGCAAACAAAUUAGUGCGAUAGUCUGCGCGUUAGUUUUAUCACAAAUAUUUACAUUUUUCUGGAGCAAAACAGGCAAGGUUCGCGAACAGAGACACAAGGACCAAAGCAGGAUCAGCCUACAACCGACUGCGACAUGUAUCAAACAAAGCAGUUGUUACAAAAGCUCAUCCAGCUACACGCAACAACCACAGCCACCGCUACAGCAAUAUCAGCAGCAUCAAGAGUUUGGUCACAGUGUUGCCACAUUGCUUAUGGUAGCAUUGCGGUACAGCAACAAUAGCCCCACCACUGGCCGUAUAAUUGCCCUCUCAAGCGAACAGCGCAUAUGUGGCGACAUAACCGAUGAUGUUAAUCAAGAGGACUGCCAGCAGAGUUUCCAUCAACGGUAACAACAAUUGUUGCUUCGACAAUCCGUAUACUUCAAUGACGCUCUCAAGGCAACAACAUUUCAAUAAACUUGAAUAGAAGAUGAGGUUUAGAGCAUAAUUUUAUGGAGACAACAUACAGACUGCAAAGGUGGCUGCAGUAGCAUGUUUUAUGCCUAGCUAUGAUAACCAUGCCGACUGAGAAUGGACAAAGUAGGGCCACAAAUACAAAUAAUAAUAUACAUAUAGUUAAGUAUGUAGUUAAAGUUUUUACUUCCUUAUAUGGGUUAUAUGCGUAUGUACUUAGCUGAGUUAGUUAUGCAUAUGAAAAGAAACGAUUACAACUGCAUCUACAUAUGUACUUACACAUAAGCUUACUUGUUAAUAAACUGGGUGGGUAGUAUGUAAAGAUAAUACUAUGAAUAGUUGAAAAACUAAAUUCAAAAUAUCAAAAUGUAGAAAAGUUUAAACAUGU